ACCAGGUGAGCUAUGUGGAAUGUGAGCCUCUGUGUGACGACAUCGGAGCUUGUCGCCUGGACUUAUUUUGGUCACAGGCCUCAGUCAGCAUCGAGAAUCCGUGGCGUGCACACCGCGAUCCGGAUGGAGAUCCAGUAUGUGUACCAGAAGGAGCGCCGUGACUUUGGCAAGCAGUGCUUCUUUGCCGACAAGAAUGAAUUGCUAUUCUCGGAGGGGCCCAACAGGGGCACCUUCAAGGAAUACAUCCAACGGAAUCCCAUGGACCGGGAGACACAGAAGAGUCGUCAGAUGUCCGCCAGUGAGGCUAACACCGAGAGAGCUGUGUUUGAGCACAAGGGCAUCAAUCACACGGAAGGGGGUUGGCCGAAGGACGUCAAUCUCGCCGAUCCUGAGCAGACGGUGCGAUACAAAAGGAAGAUUGAAAAGGACGAAUCCUACAUAGUUCAAGUGAUGAGUCUCACGAAGCCAAUGGAACACUGCAUCUUCCAAAAUAAUGCUGUAAAUAUCUAUGAGAACUACUUUGAGGACCUGGAGCCGGCACCUCUUGUUGAGAAAUGCAGCUCAAGGACGGUCAAUGUCUACAGGGAUCCAUCUGCAAUUCAGAGGAAUGUUACUCACCUUUCGUGGUCGCCAGAUUCCGGAAAACUGGCUGUAUCUCACUGCAAUCGGGACUUCCAUGAGGAUAGAUCUUCCCAAUCAAAGAAUUCCUAUAUUUGGGAAAUUGAGAAUCCCAAUGCCCCCCUUCAAACGUUCGAACCACCAAGUGCUAUUGUGUGCCUUGAGUACAAUCAGAAGGAUCCCUCGAGUCUCGUGAGUGGGAUGUUUUCUGGCCAAGUAGCCGGCUGGGAUACUCGGCAUGGGAAGAAGCCCAUAGCCCUGACAGAUCGAGAGGUCAGUCACCGAGAUCCGGUGAAUUCUGUUUUGUGGAUCAAUUCCAAGAGUGGAACAGAAUUUUUUUCCGGAAGUUCCGAUGGGCAGGUGAUCUGGUGGGAUACCAGGAAGAUUAAUGAGCCACUUGAUCGGUUACUUUUGGAUCCUAUUAAGACGGAUGAACAGAAUUUGGACAGAUCGUAUGGGUGUUCAGUACUUGAGUAUGAAACGACGAUUCCUACGAGAUUUAUGUGCGGAUCGGAACAGGGAAUGCUGUUCUCAUGCAAUCGGAAGGGAAAGUCGCCGAGUGAGAAGAUAAAUAUUCGGAUUAUGUGCCAUUUGGGACCAAUUUACACUGUGGCAAGGAAUCCUGCCUUUGUGAAGAACUUCCUGACUGUUGGGGACUGGACAGCUAGGAUCUGGUCAGAAGACUGUCGGGAGAGUGCAAUAAUUUGGACGAAGAAUCAUUCUUGCCUUCUAACAUGUGGCGAAUGGAGUUCAACCAAGGUGUCCAUGUUCUACAUCUCUCGGAUGGAUGGGGUUUUGGAUGCCUGGGAUCUGCUUCAGCAGCAAAAUGAUCCGGUGUUGAGUGUCAAGGUCUGUGAUGAACCAAUUCGGUGCUUGCGUUCUCACGAGGCAGGGCGUCUGAUAAGCGUGGGUAGUCAAAAAGGGGCAACGUAUUUGAUAGAGGUCAGCGAGAAUAUGUCCUUUUCCACGCGAAACGAUAAACCCUUGUUCACAGCCAUGCUGGAACGGGAAGCCAAGCGAGAGAAGAUUCUCGAGGCUAAGCUCAGGGAGCUGAAACUCAAGGUACGAGCUGCACAGAAGCAGGAUGAUGAUACUGAAGAGGCCAGGGCAUCACGACAAGCUGCUAUGGAUAGGGCAUGUCAACAGGCUCAGACUGACUACUUCAAGACUGUGGAAAAGCUAAGAUCUUCCCGGAAUCCUGACCUCUAUCCCUUGAGUGGUGACGAGGAGGAAGAUACAGCAGACAGGUCGGAAAUGAGCCAGAAAGAUACGGAUACCAGCGAAAAGCACUAA